CAAGUCCUUUGGUAAAUGAUUCUGCUCACAUCAAGCUGAGAAGGAAGAAAAGACUCAGCUCACCUCCCCCACACUUCUGUUGGUCUGAACAAAGUAAAGAGGGUUACAGUAAUAUGUGUCCUGCAGGACAUCAAUUCAAACAUGUGGAACAUGAAGCAGUUAGCGUAUGGAGCCCUGGCAAGACGAGCAAACCAGAUCAAGGACGAGCUCAGACAGGGAGUGAGAAAACCCUACAAAGAAGUGAUAGAUGUCUUCCAGGGUGAUUUACACGGGGCAGGAAUGAAACCUCUGACAUUUGUCAGACAGGUUCUUGCAGCGUGUGUUUACCCGCCGCUUAUCAACAGCAACAAUCUGCCACUGGAUGUAAGACAGAGGGCCCAGAAGGAGCUGGGGAGAUGUGUUGGAGGGAGUGUAGGUUCAUAUUCUGCUGCAGCUGGUAUACCAGAAAUCGUCCACAGCAUCUCUGAAUUCAUAAAGAGACGAGACGGAGGAAUUCCAUCUCACCCCGAGAACAUUUACAUCAGCCCUGGCUCACAGUGGUCAAUCUCGAACAUUCUCAAUGUCUUAGUGAACCGUGAGGCUUCACCCAGAACAGGUGUGUUGAUUCCAGUGCCAUGCUACAACAUAACCGUGUUGUCCAUAACGCAGUUGGGUGCAGUCACCGUCCCUUAUUACCUGAGUGAGGAGCAGGCAUGGGCGCUGCAGGUGGAAGAGCUGCAGCGAGCGCUCGAAUCUGCAAAGGGAGUCUGUAGUCCUGUGGCUCUGUACGUCAUCAACCCCGGAAAUCCAGCAGGUUAUGUUCAGAGCCAAAAAUCAGUGCAAGAGGUGAUCCGGUUUGCUUGGGAAAAGAGGCUCUUUCUUCUGGUUGAUGAGCUCUACCAGGACUGUGUUUAUGGGGAAAACUGUGAGUUUGUCUCCUACAAAAGGACUUUGAGCGAGAUGGGGCCUCCUUUCUCAGGCACAGUGGAGCUGGCGUCCUUUCACUCAGUGUCCAAAGGCUUCUUGGGAGAGUGUGGUCUCCGUGCUGGAUAUGUCGAGCUGGUAAAUCUGGAUCCUGCUGUCAUGAAACACAUCCACACAAUUUUCUCCAAAGAUUCUUGCGCACCAGUUUUAGGUCAGAUUGCCCUGGAUCUGAUGACGGACCCUCCAAAGCCAGGAGACCCCUCGUACCCGCUCUAUAAACAGGAGAUUGAGCACAUCAGGGCUGUGCUGGUUCAUAACGUGAAGAGAGUCCACGAGGUUAUCAACAGCCUACCAGGAUUCAGCUGCCCACCCCUUGAAGGAGGAUUGUUUGCGUUCCCCAGACUGAACCUCACUCCAAAAGCCGUUCAGAAAGCCAAGGAAUUAGGACUGCAGCCAGACACAUUCUACUGUACGAGACUGCUAGAAGAAGGUGGAGUGUUUACCAGUCCUGGUUGGGAGUACGGACAAAAGGAGGGCACCUACCACAUCAGAUUUUGCAUUGCGGCCCCUCAGGACAUCAUGGAGGAAUUACUGAGACGCCUGAGCAGCUUCCACAUGACAUUUAUGAAGGAUUUUUCUUAAAGAAAAAGGAAAAGUUUCCUCUGGAGUUUCAUUUGUCUGUAAUCCCAUAACUCUAUAUAGAAAAUCAAACCAUUUUUGAAACAGCGAUGUCGAUUUUAAUAAAUAUGACGUUUAUUGCAUACAAUCUUUGGUCAGCCAUCUUUUGUAACUACCCAUUAGAGUAAGAGCCAACUUCAGCUUUUCGGAAAGCAACUAAUCAUAUAUUACAAGUUCCAAAUUCAAAUGAGGCCUUACAUCAGCCAUCCUUAAAAAAAAAAAAGCAGCAGACUAUAGUGUGUUCUUUAAAGAGUUCCUGAUAAAUUCAGUGAUUUCACAAUGGACUCCAGCACUAAAACAG